GGUUUCAUUUAUUUAGUUCGAAUUUUUCUCUCUCGGGGACAGACAGGAUAUUUCACGGCUUUUUUUCUACUUCCGGAAAAUCUUUCAAAGACUGUCCGAAUGUUUGGAAAAUUAGCCAAAACACGACUUGCGAUAGCCAAGUUUUUAAUCCCGAGAAGUUUUCACUCGAUUAAAAAUUUUAACCUUAGUCAAUCGUGGAUAAACAUUUUACCAGCCAAGCAAAGUGGUAGUUUCCUCAAUGCUGCAGGACACAGAUAUUUCAGUAAACGCUCCCAACCAACUUGUAAUAAUGGGACAAAGCCACCACUUAACUGCUCCGGUGGAAAUAAGCUGGACCCAAAUUUUGAAAAAGCUUCAAAAAAAUAUGCAGAAAAUUUUCUAAUCGGCACUGGAAACUCUUCAGUCUGUUCCGAUGGACACAGGGAAGCUCUGGAUAACCUCACUGAAUUGCAACUCCGGUUUACUAACAACAGCAAAGAACCAGAUGAUUUCUGUCAACACACAGGUCCUUGCAACGAACAAGGAGGUAAGAUGUCUUGUUGGUUAAAAAAUAAGUGCUGCAGAAAACCGGUGAAGAGUGGACCUUGUGAAGGUCCUGUAUUACCCGGAGAAUACCCGAAAGUAGCUAGACGUAGAGAAAUUGAAUGGCCUAAUCGAUGUACCAUAAAGCAAAAGAAGGAUGAUGCUGAUGAUGUGUGCAAGUGAACCUCAGAAAUGGAACAGGUGCCGAUUUUUUCUUCCAAAUACUCGCUGAAAUACCAAAAAUUUAGAUUUGGCUGUUGCUUUUAAGGAAAACGAAAAGAAGAAUAAUUGAACGUAAAAGUUGUGUAUAUUUUUACUUUGUAACAUUGCUACUAAAUUUGAACUUAUUAAGAGUGGCUAAAAUAUUUACCUGGACACAUGAGCAUUGCUUAGAACGAUUUUCUGAGCAAGAACGAUCCAAGCGGAAUAAAAAUAUAAACCCCA